CUUGGGUUCAGUGUGCCCCGGUGGUCAAAUUUGUAUGGUCCAGGCUGGUUACCCCCGUUUCUGAACUGCGGGGCUCGUUGUCGUCUGGGUUGCACCAGCGCCAAUCUGCAGCACGGAGAGCCGGUCCCCGUAAUCCAGCAGAAUGGAACCAGUGUUAAACUCUAAGUUGUCGUUUAUACAAUCGCAAGGAAUUGUGAAUGACGAACAGGAGAUAUCUACUGCAGAGGAUUUUGAAGACAUAAAAAAGGAUUUGAUCAAUGAACUUUGCCAGGAAGAAAGUUCAAAUGCGUCACAUGUGGCUCUUCAACAAAAAUGUUCAAGUUCAAAGGAUCAUAUGUGUGUUCAUCUUCGUAUUAGACCUUUCACUGAAGCUGAAGUCGCACAAAAUGAAUCUCAGGAGUGUGUGACAAUAGAAAACUCGACUAGUGUCAUCCUGAAACCACCACGAAAUUCCUUGGGUUCCCGAUGUAGUGAUCGAGGAAUUGGCCAAAUAGCUCAAUGCUUUUCGUUUACUCAUGUUUAUGGGCCAGAAACCAAACAAACAGAAAUAUUUGGAGCAAUAAAACCACUUAUUAAGGAAGUUUUGAAUGGACAGAACUGUUUGGUUUUUACCUAUGGUGUCACCAAUGCAGGAAAAACAUAUACAUUUCAAGGGCCAGACCACGAUGUAGGUAUCUUGCCACGAUCGCUGAGUGUUCUAUUUAAGAGUAUCGAAGGAAAGAUUUAUAAAAACAUGAAUAUUAAGCCACAGAGAUGCACAGACUUCAGUAGAUUAACAGAAAUGCAAGUGAAAGAAGAGGAGGCUAUUAAAAAAUCGGUCCUUCACCUAUUUAGAGAGAGUGAUCAGUGCAAUGGGAGUUGCCAGCAUAGUUCACUAGAUGCUUCAGAAGUGGGUAGUCUAGGAGAUUUUGCUGGACAAUUAAAGCAUUCUGAACAAGUUGCUGUGACUGCACCAGAAAGGAUCAGAUUUUCUGUCUGGGUUUCAUUUUGUGAAAUAUACAAUGAAACUCUUUACGAUUUACUUGAUCUGGUACCAUAUAAAUAUCAAAAAAGAAAGGCACUUCGGUUUGCACAAGAUGCAAAAGGCAACACUUACGUGAAAGAUCUAAGGUGGAUUCAGGUUUCCAGUGCAGAAGAGGCAUAUAAAAUAUUAAAACAAGGGAGAAAACAGCAAAGUAUUGCUUCUACAAAAAUCAACAAUCUUUCAAGUAGAAGCCAUUGUACUUUUUCAAUAAGAAUUUUGCAUGUAGUGGAUGGUGGACUUCAUGUUACAAGAGUCACUGAGAUGUCUCUUUGUGAUCUUGCGGGAUCAGAGCGGAAUACAAAAACAAAGAAUGAUGGGGAAAGAUUGAAAGAAGCUGGAAACAUUAACACUUCUUUGUUGAUUCUUGGAAAAUGUAUCAAUGCAUUGAGGCAUAACCAAUUUUCAAAGACCCACAGCCAUGUUCCAUUUCGGGAAAGUAAGCUUACUCGCUACUUCCAGGGGUUUUUCGCUGGGAGAGGAAAAGUUUGCAUGAUCGUUAACAUCAGCCAAUGUGCUUCUAUGUACGAUGAGACACUAAAUGUAUUGAAGUUCUCUGCAGUGGCACAAAAGGUUCUUCUCAAUAGUUCAAAGCUUCUUCCUGCACUCUUGGUUUCAAAAAGAUCAGCCAGAGAUCUUUCAUUGAUCAUCAACAAUGCUGAAAAUGACUCAUCCUUUGCAAAACGACAGACUAUAUCUUGGGAUGCCAGUCUGGAGGAUGUUGCUGAAGUGGAGGAGGGGGCUACUGAGAUAAUUAAUGUAACUGAAGUGAAGCAGAGGGAAGAGGAGGAGGAGGAGGAAGAUGAAGAGGAGGACGAAGAGGAGGAGGAGGAAGCAAAUAUAGUAAUAAGUAAAAAACACUAUGAGAAAUUGCUGCUUUGCAUACAAGACCUGAAAAACAAGCUGAUUGAGGAAAAGAAAGAAAAAGUGACCUUGGAAAAGAAUAUCCGGGAAGAAGUUAAUCAAGAAAUGGAAAAAUUCAUGCCUCAGUUUGAAAAUUAUUUAAGAGAGCGUGUAAAGGAAGAAAAUCAGUUAACUGAGGACAGAAUUGAAAAACGCAAUGAAAUAUUUCAAACUUUGGUCAAGGCAUGUGUUGCUAUUGACCAGAAUGAAGACUCUGUUCCUGAUGUCAAUCAGGAGACUUUGGUUAAAACUAAUGUUGUGAGAUGCAUCAAGUCCUUGGAACCAGAUGUAGCUGAAAUCAAGAAACAAGCUGAAAUGAUCCAUCACCAUCUAACAACUGCUCCAGAACCUGAAGAAACUGUUACACUUCUGGAAGCUAAUUUAGCUUGUGUCAUUCAGGAACUUAAGCAAACACAAGAAACACUGAAAAAGAAAACUACUGAAUUAGAGGCACUUGAAAAGUUGACUGAAGAAGGAAAAUUGAAGGAAGCCUAUAAGGAUAAAGAGAUCCAAAAGUUGAAAGAUGAUCUGAUGUUCAAGGAUGCUGAUCUGAAUAAAGUGACAAAUCUGCUUGCAAGUUAUGGGGAACAAAUUGAAAGUUAUGCUAUGACUAUAGAAAACAUUGAAGAAAUGUUGGAAACAGGUGGCAUAACAGAAAAUAUACACGUGGAACCAGUGAAAAAUCCUUCAGCUACUAGCAGAAAACGUACUUCUGAAAAUUAUAGAAAGGAAGACCAGCCACCUUCCAAAAAAGGCCCAAGUAACAAAGAGGCGUACAACUGCAUCAAUGUUAAAACUCUAGAAGAGAGAGUUAAAGGAAUAAGAAAGGAACUAUUUGAUAAAGAAAGGGCAUUGACAUCAUUAAAAGAAAAGUUACAGUCUUUAGAUGGUCAGUUAGCUAUAGCUAAAGAGGAUCUCAACAAUGAGAGAAUCUCAAAGGAAGGACUGAGUAAACGGGUAGAAAUGCUUCAAUUAGAGCUAGCUUCUUCGGCUGAGACCAUUUUCAGACUAACCAAAGAGAAUGCAAAUCAACAUUCUAAAUUUGAGAAGGAAUUGAAUGAGCAACAAACGGAACAAACUAAACAGCUUCACCUAGAGAUAGAGUUAGGGAGGUGUGAAAUAGCACAGAGAGUACUGCAAAAUAAAGCUUUGGAAGAUAAAAUAAGCAAGCUAAAUUAUUUCCAAAAGGAAUCUGACUUAAAUGCUGUGGAACUAAAAAACAUCAAGGAUCUUCUAGAAAAGGCAAAUGGAGAGUCUCUGAAAAAAGCAACUGAAAUUGAAUCUUUACAGAAACAGCUGUCUGUGCUGAAAGAAGAACUUGAUAAUGUGAAGGAUGCAGCGCAAAAACGGGACAGUGGUCACUUCCGGAAGACAAUUGAAACGCUGCAGAAGGAGUGUGAGCAUAUAGUAAAAGUGUCCUCCCAAAAAAGCCAGCAAAUUCAAGACCUGGAGGCAAAACUUGAGGCCUCGAAAAAACAAAGAGCAGAUCUCCAGACUGAAUGUACUGAACUAAAAGCAAAUGCAGCUUUAACUCAGAAUUUGGUUCAAGAAAAAGAUGCUCACCUCCGGCAGUUGAAAACAAAAUUUGAAGAAACUGAAAGUAAAAUGCAGACUUUAAUGCAAAACAAAGAAAAUAUUGAAACAUUUCAAAAAGAGAUUGAGGAUUACCAACACAAAAUAAAAGUUCAGGAGCUAGAAAUCUUAAAAAGUGAAAGCAUUUUAACCACACUGGAAGAACAAUUGAAAGAUAAGAAUAGCAUUAUUGCUGAUUUGCAAAGUAAUUUAAAAUGCACAGAAAAGAAAUGUCAUGAUUUAGAAAAAUGUGUUGGUGACCUGAAACUGCAAGAGAUUAGAUUUAAGGAAGAAGUUGGACAGGUCCAAGAUGAUUGGCAUGUUGUAAAGGAACUCUUAUCCAAGAAGGAAGAAGAACUAGAAAGCAGACUUUUGGAAUUGGUCCAGCUGAGGACUGAGCUAUCUGAUGGUGCUUCAAAAUAUCAAAGAUUGACAGAUGACCUGCAGAGGAAAGAUGAGGAACAUAGUGAUCUCAAGGAAAAAUACAUAGAUGCUAAGAAGCAGAUGCAACAGGUAGAGAAGGAGAUUUCCACAAAACGUGAAGAAGAAAGGUCUCUGAGAAACAAAGUUCAGGAACUUGAGCGGUUGAAGAAUCAAAUGAUUCAAGAUCUUGAGACUAAAGAACGGAUGAUCCAACAGUUUAGGAAGUUGUGUCAUAAUGAAGCAGACUUGAAAAAGAAGGUAGAAGUAUUAACGAUCACCUUAGAUGAAAAAGAUACUGCUUUAAGGAAACUGGAAAAGGAUUUAGAAGAGAAUAACACCCUACACAAAACGAAGGAGCAACAGGGCUCAAGUGAAGAUAAAUCCACCCAGGAACCUUGCAUCAUGUUGACUGAUAAAAAGGCUGAAGAAGCCGUACAUCUUUUUCAAACUGCUUCCGAAGAACUUCAGAUAAAGGAGCAAAUAAUUCAAGAUAUGAAAGUUGCAUUAACUGAACAAGACCAAACCCAAGCUGAGCAAGAUGAAGUGCUUGAGGCCAAGUUGAAAGAGAUUGAAGAAUUGAAUACAGAAUUGGAGAAAUGGAUGCAGUAUGCCAAAGAAUUUGAGAAAAAAUGUAAUACACUCGAACACAACCAGUUGGUGAAAAAUGCAAGUGAAUGUCAUAACACAAAAUCAGGACAGUUUCAGAAAGAAAUUGAAGUUUUAAAACAGCAGUUGGUGGAAUUAGAAGAUGAACAGAAAUGUAAUCGGAAGAAAUGGCUAAAUGAGAAAAUGGUUCUCAUUCAGCAAGCAAAAGAAGCUGAAGAUCGGCGCAAUAAAGAGAUGAGAAAAUGGACAGAAGAAAGAGAGCAUUAUUCUAAAUUGCAAUUAGAAAUGGAAAAACUUGCAUCUGAGAUAAUUGAGAAGGAUAAGAAUCUGCAGAAAUGGCGAGAAGAGCGGGACAACUUGGUAAAGGAGCUAGAAGUGAAACUUGGAAGCCUUAUAACCAGCAAUAAACAGAAAGAUGAAGAAAUAGAAAGACUCAAGGCUUCUGCAAAAGGGAACCAAGGAGAGUCGGAAACUGUCCUGGAUUCUUCAGAGGUUUCAACAGAAAAUGGAGAAAAAGCAAGUAGGUUUCCAAAACCUCAACUGGAGAUUCAGUUCACACCGCUUCAACCAAACAAGAUGUCAGUGAAAGAAUCAAGUGGCAAUUUGAUCACUGUGAAAAUACCCAGAUCCAACAGAAAAAGAAAAAGCUCUGCACUGGAAGAGAGUGGUAUGCUGUCAGGCUGCUGGAAAAGCAAUUCUACAAAGAAAUCUUCAGCAGCUGGCACUUGUAAGAAUAUUGACGACUGUGAAAACCGGAAAAAUGCAAUUGUUUCUAGAAUGGUAUGCAACAAUCCUCCAACUUUCCCUACUCCCACCAUGACCAGUGUUGCAGAAGAGAAUGUAAAAGGUACAACUGAUCAGCUAAGAAAACAAUCCUCUGUCUCAAGUCUUGGGUCAUGCCAAAAGAAAGAUGGAACCCUGCAGAAAAUUGGAAGCUUAUUGCAAAGUUCCCCAACAAUUCUACAAACCAAAGCCAAAAAGUUUAUGGAAACGUUAAGUUCCCCCAAGCAUCUAGAAGUCGAAACUUUAUGUAACAAUGAAGCAAGGCCCAAAAGAUCAAGAAGAAAACUGUAUAAGCAAGAUAUAUCAUCACCUGUGAACUUUCCAUCCCAACCUAUAAUAGAGAUGAGUGAAAAAGAGAGUGAUCAUUCAAUCAUGAAGAGGCGAUUACGUACAAGAACAGCUAAAAUGGCAAAGUGACCUUCAUCUCCAGAUAUAUGGAGUAGUUUUAUUUGUUUUUUAAACUGAAAUCAUUGUACUUGUACAAGAGACCUCUCAUCUGUGAGACGGGAUGUAUAUAAUACGUUUAACUCUUUUGAUUAAGAUUGCAUAUGUACAUAUUGUAAUUGCUGCACGUAAAUCAAUAAACUCGAAUGGUA